AUGAUAUCCCCUACUCAGAUAUCUUCCGCGAACUUGAACGCGCAAAAACGCGCAUACAGACAGAGACGUAAGGAUCCCUCGUGCGAUGCUUGUCGAGAACGCAAAGUCAAGUGCGAUGCAACCGAGACAUCGGCUUGUUCGGAAUGCUCGAGCCGUAACCACAGGUGUCAAUUCACCAAGGAGACCAACCGGCGAAUGUCAUCCAUCAAACAGGUCCAGGAUCUCCAGAGUCAGAUUGCCGAGUUGACUCAUGUCAACUCUCAGCUGCGCACCAAGGUCUCCGAUGGUGAGCCUUUAGAUCCCGAACGGACAGACACGAAGCGCAGGCUUUCUGAAGCUCAGAUUGGCGCCAUACCGGGACCACGUCCGAUCACAAUGCCAGCCUUGAACAACUUCGACCAGGUCCGCAGCAACAUCCGAACACAUGCCCAAGGCAUAUUUUCUACACCCCAUCACGAUCCAAAGGGCGCUGGAUUGACAAAUUGGCGGUCACCCGAGAUACCAAUACGCGCAGACUUUGCGUAUCUCGCUCGCUCAUACAUGGAGACGAUACACGAGUCGUAUCCUGCUGUUCACUGGCCCACCUUUCAGCGGGAAGUGGACGAAGUGUACACUUCGAAAACAUUCGAGGGUUGCUCUCGUGAAUGGGUUGGAUUAUUCUUUGCGGUAUUGGCUUGUGGUGCUUUGCAAGCUGAACCGGGGCACACCAACUCUCCUACCUCAGUGUCAAAGGGCCAGGCAAUGUAUGAGACCGCGACUGCUGUUCUCCAGUCCUGGCCGCAUGAUGUCUCAGUUACAUAUGCCCAAGCAGCACUUCUGUUGAGCAUCUACGCUACUGAGUGCAACUUGGGCCCUGCGGGCUCUAUGUGGCUCGCCUCUGCCGCGAGAAUGGCUCAGGAAUUGCAAAUAUGCCCUGAAGUCGAUGUCUGGCCUCUUGUCGACGGUGAGAUCCGACGUAGGCUCUGGUGGUCCAUCUACGUUCGCGAUAGGAUCAUGUCGCUUGAGACAGGCAAGCCUAUGAUCAUCAACGAAAUCGACUGCGAAAUAUCUCUGCCAUCCGCCGUGGACGACCGCUACAUCCAACCGAACAGUUCCUUCCGCUCGUUAGCGAAGCCAACUCACUAUACUGGGUUCAUGGCGAACAUACACAUCACACGCCUAUAUGCGCCACUGCGGCAAAUUCUCAAAUCAAGCGUAGUUCUGCCACAGAGCCUACAAAGCUUUGAUGAAGAGCUUCGACUUAAGUUGCUGCUCCUUCCUGAAGCCUACCAGCCUGAUUCCAAUACACUGUUCGACAUGUCGGCACUGCCUACAAUCUUUUGCUUGUUGUCCGCUCGCUUUAGUGUGUACCGGCGCAAUCUGACUCCAGUAGCCGGUCUCGCGGAGCGAUACAAGGCUGCACUCGUUUGCUUGCAUCUCUCUAGGGCUAUUGGCAAUCGACGGAAGCUCAACACGGCGUGCGGAAAGCACGUGGUAUUCUUCCUCGAAAGGAUGUUCGACAGAGUGCGUACCGGGCGCGCAAGCAGUCAUCAGCUCGAGCAGGAUGAGGAGAUGAUCGCGUACGUCAGUGCGGACGCUCAAAGCAGCCUUGAGCAUUCUUGGGUUUGGGCGGGUGAUAAUUUGAUCUCUUCGAGCAUGAAGCCAGACCCGACCCCCAUCGCUACAAGAUCGCCGAGCGGCGAUGAACCGAUGCGGGACGCACUACCAUUGCGCACGUCAUCUGGUUCACCGAUGAACACUACAACUGAACCGGAUGAGUGGAGCAAGGUUGAGCAAAUGGUCAAGCAGCUGAUGGAUGAGCUCCUUCAUCGAUCCACGCAAUCGCCUGCCUACUAUCCUCCACCCCAUAAUCCUGUUAAGCGCGUGCAGUUGGCACCGGAAGCACCACCACCACCACCAAAGAUGGCACCAAACCCAAGUCCGACACCGUCAGGCACAAGUCGCAUCAGCAUUGCGAACAUUAUAUGA